UUUUUACAAAUUACUAAUCUUCAAUUAUUAAUUAGAUUUUGUAAAUGGAAAUUCAAAAUGGUGGUAUAAUUUUUUUUCUACUCAUUGAGCGUGCGCAGUUAAACUUAGACUCUAAAGCACAUGAAAUUGCAGUGACGAUCGCAAAACUGAUGUGCUUACCGUAGUAGAUUAGUUAAUUCCACAUUUACCGCGUUUACCUCCUCAGUAUUACAUUUUGUACUCUGUGGCUGUAUUCGUCCGGAUGCUGUGGGAGGCUAAAAUACUUAAGAAAUUCAGUAUUUAUCAGUGUCCAAGGCUUAUUUGAAAGCCAGCGUGGCUCCAACAUGUUUUGGUCCAACAUGUAUACACUGUCGCCAGAAAUUGAAGCAUUACUCGACAAAGAAGAUGUCAGACUACAAGAGCUGAUAGAUCAAGAGGAAAUUGUAACAGAGUUUAAAAGUCAUAAUAAAAAAUUAGUUGAAUAUUUAACCAAGCCUGAAGUAAUCGAAGAAUUAGUUAUUUUAUCAACUAAAGAACCAUCACUUGACGUUGAAGAAAGGUGGAGGUACAAGUAUGCAAGUAUAGCUUGUGAAAUACUUACGUGCAAUGUUCAAACGAUAAAUGAAAAAUUGGCAGGUUCAGAAAAUCUUUUGGCAAAAUUAUAUUCUUUCAUUGACACAGAUAAACCACUGAAUCCGCUUUUAGCAUCGUUUUUCAGUAAAAUCAUUGGUACUCUUUUAAUUCGCAAAAGUGAUCAGAAUUGGUAUUCCUAUCAAUACAUGUGUCUACAGGUAUUAGAAUUUCUUAAGGGUCGUGAAAAAUGUGUGGAUCGACUGUUACAGCACUUAGAAACAUCUGCAAUAAUGGAUUUGGUUCUGAAGCUGGUGACAAAAGUCGAGGAUGCGGACAUGCGACCAAAUAUUUUAAAUUGGUUAAACACUCAACAACUUAUUCAACAAUUGAUUAAGUUAUUGUCGCCUACUGCGGACCCAAAUAAACAUACCAAUGCGGCGCAAUUACUUUGUGAUAUUAUUAAAUCUGCUCGCGAAUACAGGAUAACGUCCACAGAACGUACUGAUCCAGAUCCUAUUCUCAAUACAUUAGAAUCAGAAGAAUCAGUUACGUUAUUGUUGGAUACAAUUUUGUGCGAUGAACAAUCGGAAAGUAGCAUCGUAGGUGGGAUUCAAGUGCUGUUAGUUCUUCUUGGCCAGGAAUCAAAUAGUAUAUCAAUUCAGCGAGAAAUGCAAGCAAAUAAUCCUGGAGAAGAUACAACUUAUAAUAUUGAUCGUAUUAAAAUCCAAAAUGCCACUUUACCGUACCUGGAUAAACUACAAAAAUUAUUAUUAAAUCCACCGCCUAAGCCUCCUGUAAAAACAACAGUUGGACUAUUAGAGUCUCCUUUAGGAAAUACUCGCCUACAUAUUGCCAAAUUAUUUACUGCACUUCUUUCAACAGAAAAUAUCAAAGUAUUUCAAAGAAUGUCGGAGUUAGAAACAUUCCAGACUUUAUUGGAUUUAUUUUUCAAGUACUCUUGGAAUAAUUUUUUGCAUACUCAAGUAGAUCAAUGCCUUGCUUUAGUAAUUAAUGGGGAUUGGCAAGAAAAUAGCAAUUUAGUUUAUACGCACAUAUUUGCCCAAUGUAAAUUAAUUGAUCGUAUUUUAGAAGCUUGGGAUAAAAAUGAAAAUAAACAAAAUAAAGAAAAUGGAAUUCGUCAGGGUUAUAUGGGCCAUUUAAUUAACAUAGCUAACACCAUUGUAAAGAAGUCUGAAAAAAGUGAAGAUUUUGAUAAUUAUUUAAAACAUAAUUUAGAAGAGAAAUGUUUGCAACAAUGGGAAACAAUUGUAAAUACUCAAUUGGUAGAAAUUAAUGCUACUCAUCAAUUACUCCUUGGAGGAAAGACACAACCAUACAUGACAUCAUCAGAAGAUAGUGCAGAAGAGUUUAACCCAUAUACACCAGAUGCCUAUGUUCAACAGGUUUAUACAAAUUAUCAGGGACAACAAAUGACAUCCCAAUUUAUUGAACACUAUGGUUUUCAUGACGACAAAUUCAAUGAUGGUAAUGAUGCCUUGCAGCCUAGUAACUCCGUCGACCAAAUAACCACAAUGCCUUUUAGCGUAACUGAGGAAGAUCUAGUUAAUCAAGAAGAAGUUUUUAAUAAGAUUUGUGAACAAAAACAAAAAGCCGGCCUAGAAGAUGAUGGCAUCGUGUGGGUAGAUGAAGGUGAAUUAACUUUUCAAACUGUUAUUGAUAAGCGUGAUUGGCCAUUUAAACAACAGCAUGAUUCAAUUUCGUCUGAUGAAGACGAAGACACUAAAGAAAUUCACAUGGAUAUAGAUUCUGAAGAUCCUUGGGAUGCUUCUGAGCCGUUGCCAAGUAGUACUAUUUUACCUGAAGUCAAUCCAUGGGCUUCUUCAUCUUCAACAUUUCCUGCAGAAGAGCCAGAUCAAUGGGCCGAUUUUAACAACUUUGAUAGUACAUUUAAUGCUAAUUCUGUACAAAUAAACCCCGAACAAUUUAGCGUAUGUGAAGCUUAUAAACAGGAAGUACCUGAAACAACGACAGUUACAAGCGAAAAAAAAUCCUCAGGGAUUGACAGAGAUAUAGUUACUAAUAAUGAUAGUCACAAAGAAAAAGAAGUUAAUGUUAAUCAAGCAAAUCCCGAAAGUAUAAAUGUAACUACGCCUGAUGCCUCUGAAGUUCCAAUAGAAGCCGUUGAAAAUAAAAUUCCGGAGACUAGGAAUAAUGAUAAACCUGACAGUAAAUAACAAGCACUUAUAGCGUUUUAAAAAAAAAGAAAAUCAUCAGUUGUUAAAUUAUGUAAAUUAAUUGGAAGUUUGAACUUCGUUGAUUCAUUGGUGAUAUUGGAUGAGUGAAUGCAUCGAAAAACAAUUAAUAAAGUAAUUCUCAUUAAACAUUAUGAGUUAAUUCAUGUAUUAUACAUAAAUCAUAUCAAAUCAAAGUGUUAUUUUAUGUCUAUAAAAAAA